AGAAGUUUGCUUUCAUGCAGUAACUGAAGAAUGGUCAUAAUAAGUCAUUUGUUUAAAACACCUUUUCAUUUGUUAUUCCCCUCUUUAGAUCAUAUUUCUUUGCAGUCCAUUGCCUGUUCCGUAGAGGAUCCUCUAGAGGAACCUCUGUCCAGUGAUCUUGAAGACCUUGCUCCUGUAGAUCAGCAGGUUCAAAGCCCUCCAGCUCCAGUCCACCACAGUCCAGUCAGUCCAGCCUCAGCUCACAACAACAGAGUGGACUUGACAACUGAGGAUGACAUUCUGAGCCGGUAUGAAAUCGGCAAAAUGCUUGGUGAGGGAGGAUUCGGCUGCGUCUAUGAAGGGAAACGCUUAGAGGAUGGCCUUGAGGUGGCAGUGAAAAUAGCCAGCAAGCCAAGGAACAUGAAAUACAUCUACGUCCCAAGUCAUCCUGCACCCCUUCCGUUAGAGAUCGGCCUUUUGCUCCUUGUUAACAAAGAGCCCAGAGUUCCAGAGAUCAUUCAGCUGCUGGACUGGCAGGACCAGCCUGAACGUUACAUCAUGGUCAUGGAACGGCCGUCGCCCUGCAAAGAUCUAUGGGAUUAUGUGAUGCUUCAGGGCGGCUUCCUAAGCGAGGACAUAGCACGGUUUAUCAUGGCGCAGGCAACAAAGGCCGCUCACACGUGCUGUCAGCGAGGAGUAUUUCACAGGGACAUCAAGCUGGAGAACCUGCUGAUCAACCCAGAAACACUUGAGGUCAAACUGAUUGACUUCGGCUGUGGGGAUCUCCUGCAAGACUCCGGCUAUGAACGAUUUUGUGGAACACCAGAGUACUGCCCUCCUGAGUACUAUAUGGACCACAAGUAUCAUGGGAAACCAACAACUGUAUGGUCUCUGGGAGUGCUCUUGUUCAUGCUGGUGUGUGGACGCUACCCAGAGCCCAGAGAUGUAGAGCUGAUUGACUACGGCGUCUGGUUUGAGCCUGACUUGUCGAAUGAAUGCAGGCACCUGAUUCGCUCCCUGCUGAAUGAAAGCCCAAGCCAGCGGAUUGGUUUUGGGGAAAUCCUUCUACAUGAUUGGUUUAAGAUCACCAAACCAACAAGGAGGAAAUUGUAAAUAGUGGUAAACAGAGUAACGAGAGGUUCCUGUGAAAGCCGCUCCUACC